AUUCAAUUCACCAUUCACUGGCUGUUUGUUUACGCAAAAGCGGCUCAACAUCGUGGACACGUCUACUCCUUUACACAGCAGAGAACGACAAAUAGCUCCAUACUGUCAACCAUCUUACGCCUUUGUGCAUUCACAACAAAAUGGACUUCGAAGGUCAAAGACUUGCAGAACAAAUGCUUCUGGGGAUCUUGCUAAUUUUUGCAACGAUUAGCUUUGUUGUGGGCUAUGCGCUCAGUAACUUUCAACUUAUGGUUCAGAUCAAUGGAGCUGGAUUAAUCUUGGCCCUAAUCCUGGUCCUACCGGACUGGUUCUUCUAUAACUACCAUCCGUGGCAAUGGCUUCCUCCCUUGAACCCGGGUUCUGAAUCUGCGAAGGGGAAAUGACCAGCGGUUAGCCCUUUUUCCAUUUGGAUUGCUAAGCGUUUCCUUGCGCGGUGGUACGCCUUGGCGGACAGUAUCUCACUCCCGUUGCCUGGCAACGGACCAGGCUUUUUUGAGGCACAAGUGUGAAACAUGUUCCAUGAGGGACGCUUGCUCAGCAGGGGUGGUAAUGGGUUGUGGCAACGGUGCGAGAUGUUAUGGUUUCAGACAGUUACCGGACGAAAGCCUGACUGUAUCGUAAGUCUGGCACAACAGCGAUGCUGGAUUAGGGGAGGAUUGAGACGAACACACGGCUUCGAGGCAUGUACCAGAAUGGCUUUCUGGACGCAUGGAUUUAUCGUGGGAUUGUAGGCGAGGCGGUAGGCGGAGGAGAGUUACACGUUUCACGUGGUUUAAUAUAGAUCAUGUAACCAGUUGUCGCUG